GAAACAUGCCGCGAAACCAACGAAUGCUCGUGCCGCAUGCAUUGUCUUGUAAACAUCGGCGAAGAUCCUCCUCGUCCACAGCACUCACUUGCGCACUCGGCUCAACGUAGCUCGGCCACCCGUUCACACUCCGCACUUGCAACGCCCGCCAAGCUCACAGCCCACGGAUCGGCCGUCAACGUCGACUUGACAGCACAGCGUCUAUAUUUGGCCCCCAGCGAGACGAUCAAAACCGCGCCGAGUCCCCGGUUCACCGCACAGCAGCACACGGCCACACGCACCACACACCGCACGGCAUGUCUGCCACCACCGCCCGAAAGCCAGCGCCGCCGGGAACCCCUGGGCGCGACCAAGCAAGCAAAGUCUCGAGUUCGCCCGCCAGCGCAGCCCGCCGCGGGUCGACCCCCAGCGCCAACGGCACCACGAACGGCGUCACGAGGACGCGCUCCGUCCGCUCGGGCACAAAUGGCUCGCCCGUGUCAGCGCGCGCAGCCGUCAGAAAGCCCGGCGGCCCCUCGAACCUCAGCAUGAGCGCCUCGCAGGCCGACGGCAACGACGAGGAUGCCCGCGAGGAGCAGGCCGUCUUCAUGGCCGACCUCAAGGAGCGCCUGCAGAAGGCCGAGACCGACGCCGAAGAGCGCCAGAAGCAGGUCGACGUGCUCAACGCGCGCCUGGACGAUGCGAUCAAGGAGCAGGCCAAGCUCGAGGAGCGCGCCCACGAAGAGGAAGAGAAGGUCGAGUCGCUCGAGGCUGAGAAGCAGAAGCUCGCACGCCACCAGCGUGAGCUUGAGGGCAUCUACGAGGCCGAGCGCGUGCAGGCCAUGAAGGACAAGGAAGAGGCCCAGAACCGCGUCGAAGAACUGCAGGAAACGAUCCAGCGCUUGAAGGAGACCAUGGCCAAGAAGAACGUCGAGGGCAGCGACGGCGAGGAAGGCAGGCUGUCACGAGCUUCAAGCUUCCGCCAGAACCCCUCCCGCAACAGCUCCUCGCAGAACAUCGACACAGCCAGCUCGUUUGCGCCGCCGUCCACGGUCCAGCGGAGCGACUCGCGCAACCACUCCAAGCUUAUACACCAGAAAGACCAGAUCAUCGAGGGCCUGCGCCUCGAGCUCGCCGAGUUCCAGAUCAAGAUGAUGGAAAUGGACAACGCUGGUGGCGGUCGCCUGCGCGAACUAGAGAAGCAGAUGGUCGACAUCCGCAUGGCAAACGCCAGACUGAUCGAGGACAACGAGAGCUUUCAGCUGCUGCUCGGAGAGAAGACGCUGAACGGCACCCUGAGCCGCGGUGACAUGCUGCGUCCGUCUUCGGCACAUUCCGAUCGUGCACCAUCUCGCAACGGGCCCCUGAACAGUCUUGCCGAUGAGCUUGGUGGUCUCGAAGGUGACGAGGGCGCCGAGGGCGAGGUGGUCCGCAAGCUGGAGCAUGAGAUCAACGGGCUCAAGGACCAGAACAAGGCCUUGACCCUCUACAUCAACAAGAUCAUCGGCCGGCUGCUUCAGCACCAAGGCUUCGAAUCCGUACUCGGCGGUGACGAGGACGAGAACGCAGGAGGCGCUGCGUUGAACACGAACAAGGAGCUUCCUCCACCACCCCCGCCUAAGGAGAGCGAGGAGGGCGGGUUCCUCCAGCGCGCCAAAUCCGUCAUGGGUGGCAGCCGCAACAAGCCCCGACCCAUGAGCUAUACCGCGCAGCGCAGCAACCUCAACGAAGACCCUGAGACCGCACCGAGGAUCCCCUUGCAGCGCGCCAGCACAUCGCGCACCGUUAGCAGCGAGAACUACCACCGCCACUCUACAUCAGAGAUGCCUCCACCUGGAAGCAUCGUGACGAACAUGUUCCGCGCGCCUCCACCGGCAGCCACCCCUGGCCAGACAUCGCCUGGCCUUGUUUCGCCGCGGAACUCUUUCUUCGGCAUUCCCAUCAGUACCGCCAACAGCAACCCCUCUUCAAGGGUCCCAUCGACCGGCGCACCACCAAAGGACGACGAGAGGGACGACGUGAAGUCGGUGUCUGAGACAUCGCACGUCGACACCCCCAGCCCGCCACGCCGCGAGAUGACCAGCACCAUGACAGGCAAACAGAUGCGUCCCCUCCGCCUCGUGCAGAACAGCGAAGAAGAGCAGCGAGCCCGCAAGGCCGCGAAUCGCGCGUCGUGGUUCGGCGGCUUCUCCAUGUUCAGCAACGGCGAGCAGAAGGCCUCGGAAGCCUCCUAGUCUCAAACCUCGUCGCCUUUUCGACUUGCACAUUCUUAUCACUGUUGGAUAAACGAAUCUACGCACGUUAUGAGCACGACUGGUCUGCACUGUUCUUUCUGUAGGAUAGGAGGCGGUCGCAGGUUGG